AUGGACGAAGUCUUCACCUUCGGGCCUGUGCCUGCCGCCCCUCAGAUGAACGUAACGGCCACUUAUGCAGAGUUGAAAUCCAGUCCCGAGCUCUACUUUGAGGAAAGUGGCGCAGACAUUGGCUGGAUGAUGUCUUCGUCUGUACUCGUUUUUCUCAUGAUUGCCGGUCUGUGUCUUCAUUUCUCAGGCAUAUCAAGGCCGCAAAAAACGCUCACGCUGGUGCGGCUACCGCUGAUCACCACGGCUGCUGUGGGAUGCAUUUGGUACACCUGGGGUUACAGCCUGGCCUUUUCCCCAGCGACAUACAGCACCACCUUCGGCGGAGUUUCAUGGUACGGCGGAGAUAUGAAGGCCAAUGCUUAUCUCGACGUUACUGCUCGACCCGUGGGCAUCCAAGGACCCGAUUCGAAUUCCAUGAGGGGACGCAAGAUUCCUGAAAUGGUAUACGUCUUCUACCAAGGCAUGUUUGCGUGUUUCACCGCAAGCUUGGUCGCUGGUGGAGCAGCGGGUAAGAUGCGGGUCGGCCGGUUCCUCCUCUUCAUUACUCUCUGGGUAACUCUUGUCUACUGCCCGAUAGCAAGAUGGACGUGGCAUCCACAAGGGUGGUCAAAAUUGAGAGGCGCCAUGGAUUUCGCCGGUGGCACUGCCGUCCACGUCUGUUCGGGCUCGUCAGUGGCUGCAUUUGCCCAACAACCUUCCGCAGCACCACCACCACGACAAAGUGACCUGGAAAUGGAACAAGCACAAUUGCCCUACAGUAUCAACCACAUGGUCGUCGGCACUGCUCUGCUCUGGAUAGGAUGGUUUGGCUUCAAUGGGGGCUCAGCCCUUGGUGCGAAUUUACGUGCAGUGUCAGCCUGCCUGGCGACUCAGACAGCCGCCUGUGCAGGAGGUACAAUCGGCUUACUUCUCCAAUGGGGCGCAAUCCGUCUGGACAGAAUCGCCGAAGACCCUGACCAGUUGUUCCACACACCAUCCAUCCAAGAGUUUUGUGACGGCGUGAUUGCUGGGUUGGUGGCCAUUACACCAGCCGCAGGAUAUGUUCCUGUGAAGUACGCUUCUGUAUUCGGCGUUGUCGCUGCCGUUGUGUGCAAGAUCCUGAGAAUUAUCUUCAGCACGUUUCUGUUGCGAGAGGACAGGCUCUUCGUCUUCGCUGUGCAUGCAGGUGGUGGAGCUACCGGGAUGUUACUCACGGCCUUCUUUGCAGAGUAUGCCCUGAUCGGAUCACGCCUGGAAGUAGAUGAGGAGCUGACAACGGGUAUUCUAGCAACGAAACCACUGGCCUCGAUGGUUACAGUCGACUUGUGGAUCGAACGAUGGGUGCUCGAUUUCGGUAAGGACACCCGCUGUGCUCAGGCGAUUAUAUGCUGA